CGAGGAGCGUGUCACCUUGUAGGCCAGAGUAAAGCAGAAUUUGACCCGACGCCAAUCUGUGUUCUCCUAUAGACUGUAUGGGUUCUUGCAAUCUCUUUCUACACAUAAUUUUGUUUUCAUGCAUAAAUUAUCAAAAAUCCAACAAACCCGGUUCAAUGACAUCACUAUCCAUUUAAUCUGCCCCAGCAACCCAAGUGCGAAAAUCCCCAAACAAUUUCACUCCGUGUGUGUGGCCAAUGCUGCACCCAUUCGUUUCGGUUAGUGUCUGUGAAAAUUGGGUGAAGGACAUUGCACACACUGUAUUUUUUUUCUCUCACCACCCAUUUCUGUGUAUAACUAGGUAGGUAUUUAUGUACACAACAGAUUUUCUCUGCAUAGGACGAACCGCCACACUUACUCCACUUACGGGGAUGCUGGCGCUGCGAUGAUGCUUCGCACAAUCUCUUCCAUAACAAUACCAGACCACGUUUACUUGCGCCGAAAGGAAUGAACCAACCUCACCAAACCUGGUUCAUUUUGGGGGUGAAUGGGGGCUCUUCCAAAGUUCACUUUGAUAACAGCCAGCUUAUCAGUGAUAACGCCUAUGACAGAAGCGGCCAAAACAAACACGGCGUUCCGCCUGGGAUGGGCUUCGAAGCAUGCGCAGCUUCCAGCACGUGGUGUCCUCUCGAGACGACCGUUCCGAGUUCGUGCCCAGUUCGAAAGUUCAUUUUUCGAACUUGGGAGUACGGGAGCGCGAAAAUUUUCUAGAGAUAUAUUGACAAAGAGAGAGGGAGUCAGUUGGGGAUGCUGUAUUGGGCAGUUAGUGGUCCGAAGAUGUUCUGGUGCAACCUUGGUGCUGCCGUUGGUCGUUGGUGAGUGAGUCUCGUGUUUGCAUCAUUGUCGGUCACGCAAUUUUCGUUUGCUCCCGGUGCGACCACAUGGGAGGAUAAUUGAAGACGGCCUGGAAGGCGUAAACGGUGCUGCUACUAAUUGGUCCAGAGACGGGCAGCUUUUUGACUACAUUUAGGAGAAGAAGAGUGAUAAAAAGGUUUACGCUUUUUGCUUGCUUGCUGCUGGAGAUUCUAACCAGGACACAAAGUUGCUGAACCCAGUGAAGGAUCGCGUGUGUUGGUCUCAUUAUGGUGUGGUAUUAAAAAUUGUUUAAAACCGGAAGAAAAGUGCUACCAGAUAAUAGCAACUACUAGUGUACACGUUGGCGUAAUGCUGGUUGCAUGAUUCCAGGCGAAUCUUUUCCUUCUUGCCCGCAGAAUCGUCUGGUGUGUGGUGCAUGAGUGUCUAAGGUGAAUAACAUGGGGGAUUAUAAUAUCAAAAAUAAUAACUAAAGCGAAAGAAGCAGUUUGCGAAGAAAUCGGAAAAUAUAAAAUUCAGCACGCAAGCGGUCACCCAUCAUGGUCUGCAGUGGAAAAUUGUGGUUCGGUAGUUUAAAGUGACGUGACCGCUGUUAAUGCUGCCAUCGCGUUCAGUGAAAAGUGAAUACCGGAGGGAGCUUUUGUGGAAGGAAGUCUUCUUUCAUGCAUAGUGUAAACGCUAGAGCGAAAACUGAAUAGCGAAUUUUCUGACGCAGCAAAGUGGGGUGUGUAGUGAAAGCGUAUCUAUGUACAUUAUUUGAAGCUGUAGUAUAGCGGGAGAGACAGCGCUCCCUUCUAUGUAGAUCUCGGGCAAUUGUACCCAAUUGGCUUGGUGAAUGGUUUUGGUGAUUAGUGCAAUUAGUCGACGAGAUUUUCCUGCGCUUUACACACUCGGUGUAAUAAUUAACUAAAACUAAUUGGUAAUAGUAGCAGUGCCACCUGUGACAGCAAGCUGAAUUCAAAUGAUGGUGUCGAUAGCAGGAUUGUUCCAUGUCUAGCUAAGACAAACAUGAUCGUGUCUUGACCGGAAAUUGCUUUUUCCCAUCGAUUGCCAGUGGAACCUUACGGAACGCAACGGAAGAAGGGUGAACAGCGACAAUCCAGCGACGUCCUCGUCGUCCUUGUUGUCGUCAUCGGCAUUCAGCGGAGGCAGAUCAGCAGGGCCAGCAGCAGCAGCAGCAGCAGUUUGGAUACCAUUCAUCAUUGAGGUGGUUGUUGACCGAUUUUCAGUUCCGAACGGCCGGCGACAGAAAAUCGUCAAAAUUGUCGCCCCCACGGCAACCCGUCGACGGUGGUGGGGGUGGUGGUGGUCGGUGGAGUCGGUGGACUGGGUCGCCACUGCCAGCAACAGCAUCAGCAGCAGCCGCAAUAGCAGUGGGUCCGGCGGAGGACAGAAGUCGUCUGUAGCAGUCCGUGGACCGCUCGGUCUCCCGUUGCGCAACAACGCUGGCUUGCACGCAGGGAGAUGAGAUGAGGCUGCUACACGGCGUUAGUUUCAUCAUAUUCGCUGCCGUUUCAGUAUGCGCCGGAAAUCCUGAUGCAAAACGACUCUACGAUGACCUCCUCAGCAACUACAACAAACUAGUUCGGCCCGUUGUUAACGUUACAGACGCACUAACCGUGAAAAUCAAACUAAAACUGUCGCAACUAAUUGAUGUGAAUCUGAAAAAUCAAAUCAUGACAACGAACCUGUGGGUGGAACAGACGUGGUACGACUACAAGCUCAAGUGGGAACCGAAGGAGUACGGCGGAGUGGAGAUGCUGCACGUCCCAUCGGAUCACAUCUGGCGGCCGGACAUCGUGCUGUACAACAACGCCGACGGUAACUUCGAGGUGACGCUGGCAACGAAAGCCACCCUCAACUACACGGGGCGGGUCGAGUGGCGACCGCCGGCCAUUUACAAAAGUUCCUGCGAGAUCGAUGUGGAGUAUUUUCCCUUCGACGAGCAAACGUGUGUGAUGAAGUUCGGAAGCUGGACGUACGAUGGGUUUCAGGUUGAUCUUCGGCAUAUCGAUGAAGUCAACGAUACGAACGUAGUAGAAGUAGGAGUGGAUUUGUCGGAGUUCUACACGUCAGUCGAGUGGGACAUUCUAGAAGUUCCUGCCGUCAGAAAUGAAAAAUUCUACACAUGUUGUGAUGAACCGUAUCUCGAUAUCACCUUCAACAUCACGAUGCGCCGUAAAACGUUGUUUUAUACCGUAAAUUUAAUUAUCCCCUGCAUGGGCAUCAGCUUCCUAACGAUAUUGGUGUUCUACCUGCCGUCGGACAGUGGCGAGAAGGUAUCGUUAAGCAUAUCCAUCCUGCUGUCGUUGACUGUGUUCUUCUUGCUGCUGGCGGAAAUCAUUCCACCCACCUCGCUGGUGGUGCCACUGCUGGGGAAAUUUGUGCUUUUCACCAUGAUCCUCGAUACAUUCAGCAUAUGUGUCACCGUGAUUGUGCUCAACAUUCACUUCCGAUCGCCACAAACGCACACGAUGGCCCCGUGGGUCCGUACGAUCUUCAUCAACCACCUGCCGAAGCUGCUGGUGAUGCGCCGGCCCAUCUACCAGCCGCUACAUCAUUUUAGUGCUGCUUCGCAAAGAUUUAUGUUGCGUUCGUGCACUGGAAUGGGCGACAACAUCCCACCGUUGCCACCGACGAUUGCGUUCGAUCCCUCGGUGCUGCUCGAUCAUCAUCAUCAUCUGCUCGAUUCCAGUGACAGCAUAAACACGUGCCGCCUGCAUGGUAGCCCGACGCAUCAUCAUCAUCACCAUGGAGGCGGCGGCCAUCAUCACCACCAUCAUCACGGCCUGCGUGGGAUAGACCUGAUGGAUGACUUACCACUGCCCUAUCAAGAUCACAACCAUCACAAUUCCCCGAUGUCGCCGAUAAAUUUAAAUCUCCUGUCAUCGGCGUCCAGCACGGCCGUCCCAAAUCCGGCAACCGGUGGCCUGUCGAGUGCCGGUGCGGCCCUCCUUGAUCCCCACAGUACCUUCCAAACGAGCCUGGCCGGAGGGGUCGGGGGAUCGAGCAAAACUAGCACAAAUGUGAUAAUUAACACUGCAACUAACACUACUACUAGGAGUAAUCUAAGCUGUUGUAAUAAUCUUUUCCUCAACGACGCACGGGCCGGGUUAGAUAGUAGCGUUCAAUUACCGAGCAGUACGAGCCUAGGUGGUGGCAUCCCUGACUCGUCAACGGCUGUUCCAACGGUGCCGAUUAUCAACACCACGGACAGUGGUCUAGGUGGGAGCGGAGGCGGCAGCGGGGGCACCGACGGCAAGGACAAGUCCACGCGACAUCGGUGGCUCACAUGUCCCGAGCUGCACAAGGCGAUGGACGGAGUCACGUACAUCGCCGACCACACGCGGAAGGAAGAGGAGAGUACGAGGGUAAAGGAAGACUGGAAGUUCGUGGCCAUGGUGCUGGAUCGGUUGUUCCUGUGGAUUUUCACCAUCGCCGUAGUGUUCGGGACGGCCGGAAUCAUCCUGCAGGCGCCCACCCUCUACGACACCCGAGUGCCGAUCGAUAUCAAGAUGUCGGAGAUUGCGACAACGACUGCGAAACCGUACAUUGCCAAACCUGUGUUAUAAUCAAAGAACACGCCAUCGGGCGCCACUUCCCGGCGGCAGCAGCGGUUCCGUCGCCGUUCUCAAGGGACCGAACGCACUGCGGAAGGGGGCUGAAGACAGACCCCCCCCCCCUGCUUUCGUUUUCGAUUUCCUGGCUUUGUUUGUUGGAGAAAAGAUUUAAUUCCCGACGGAACAACAACGUCUAUAUCAAAGUUGAAGCAGUGCGCGAGAAGAAAUAUAAAACAUACUUAGCACAAGGAGAUCCAACCACGUGGCAGACCAGGAGAGAAAGUUUAUAAAGUAUUUUUUAAUUCCUCUCAAAUGGUUCCGUGACGGGUGCAAAACGUGCGAAAGGGCACCAAACAGGGGUGUGGAUGGAAUAAAAAAAAGGAAAGAGUUCUUGUUUCCGUUGUUUAUUAAGAGGACUGAACUGUUUGAAAUUUUAUUAACGUUUUAAACUUGAGGUAGAGAUUUUUCAAGCGACUAAUUGAGAUCGUCUAGAUUUUUUUUCUAUUCGCGACAAACGAAAACGAGAAAAAAAAAGAAUACUUAGGGAAAAGUUGAACUGUUGUACUUAGGUCAUUGUUGAGAGCAAAACAAAUUGUUGUCAUCGUAGCGGGCCGAGUGGUAGCGUCGCCGGAGGAAAUGGCCGUGAAGUGAAUGAUGGGAGUGGAUUGUUUUUUUCCCUACCACACUAAAGGUUUCAAGUCAGUAUAUGGUAAAUGUCAAUAAUUCUAGUUAUUUCUAGUUUUCUAGUCAAAUUCGACAGGUACUGGUCCUGUUGUUUUCAAACUCUCUGAAAGAAUUAGAUUUUCGUAGUGAGGUGGUCUAUAGUAGGCACCACGACUUCCACUCGCCUCAUCAUAUUGUUGUCAGCCGUCAGUAAGGAGUCAAUGUAGAUAAAUUCAUCCCCACCACCUCGAAGGUAUCCCCGUUUAUCGUGACAUUACUGCCUAGCAUUGGCGUAUCUAGGAUUUUUUCCUAGGGGGUGCCUGCCCAGACAACCAGUAAUCGUAUAACAUGUUGCAUAAGAUGAUAAUGUGGAGGCCAUAUGCGUGCAUGCCUCCAUUUAGGCGCAUGUAAAAUGUACGCAUAUCGCCUCCACUUUAACAUCUUAUGCAACAUCUUAUACGAUCACUGGUUGACUGGGUGGGGAGUGCCAGUUUCAGUGGCUUCCAAUUUAAAUAAAAACUCUUUAAACAAUUUCUUCUAGAUUUAUUCAGUAAUAAUGUAAGGACUUCCUGCAGCAGAUGAUUUCGGAACACCUUCGGAAUUUCCGAUGCUACUUGCAUUGAACAUUUAUUCAGGAAUUUUAUAAGCAAAUCCUUUGGAAAUCUUGGAAACUUCUAUUAUUACUUUAGGAACUUCUUCGGUAAUUCCUUUGGAAAUUCAUCCGGCAAUUUUCUUAGAGAUCCCCUACGGGAAUUUCUUUUAAAAAAAAUCGCUGGUGGUUCUUUAAAAAUUCUGUUACUGCAAUUACUUUUGGAAUUCUUUCCAAAUUCUUUUCAGAAAUUCCUUUAAUGAUUUCAGAAAAUUCUUCGAAAAUUUCUUUGAAAUUUUUUUGUGGAUAUUUUAAAUCCACAUAAAUUUUAAAUUUUUUGUGGAUAUUUAAAAAUCCUUAGUAUUUUCAUCAGGAAUUCCUCUGGUAGUUCUUAUAUGAAUUCUUUCGGCAACUACUUUGAAAGCUCUAAGUAAUUUUGAUGGAUUUUCUCCGGCAAUUUCUCUGUGAAUUUUUUUUUAACGUGUAUUUUAACUUAAAUGCUAAUUUUACACUCAGAUCUCUGUGAAUUUGUCAGGAAAUUUUUCGUGAAUUUCAUAGGGUUUUCUUUAAGCAAGUCCAUUUGAGGCUUUCUGAAUUUCCAGUUCAGCAAGUUUUGGAAGCAAUAAAUUUAAAUACAAUUAAAUAAUAAAGAAAUACAAACGUAAUCACGAUAAAAUUGCCUGAGAAAUUUGAAAAAAAAAAAAACUUAAAAAUGAAUUGCUAAAAUAAUUACGAGUAGCCAUUGAAAUAUGAAAAAAAAAUCAAAGAAAUUAUUGAUUGCAUUCCGAAGAAACGUAACUAGCUGAAUAUCAGUAUCUUAAACUGAAGUUUGCUUAAGAGUGGUUUGUUCCUCUCCUAUAAAGCUAAAAUGUUUGUUGGGUUCCAAUGCAACUACCGUAGAAAUUUCAAAAAAAAAAAAAACAUCUAUGCCUAAGGAACUCUCAAAGAAUUGGCAAUAAUUUGGUUUAGCAAAUUCCGAGCCGUGUGUUCUCGAAUCCCAACAGAAUGCGAUUUUACAAAUUCAUCUCUCAUUUUGUCAAUUGGCAACAUUCUGUGCCUUCUAAUUGAUUACAAGUUUUUCCCGUACAUUCCUACAGGAUUUCACUAGAGAUUUCUCUAGUAAUAUCUCCUAGGAUUUCUCUGGAAAUUCCAACUAUUCCCGAAAUUCGUUCAGGGCUUCGUCUAGAGAUUUCUAUUGGGAUUCCUUCAGCUAGAAUUCCUUGAAGAAAGCCAAGGGGAGUUCCAGGUGUAAUACCAUGAUUUAUUUCUAGAGUAAUCUAUGAAUUCCUGGAUGAGUCUUUAGAAAAAAAUCUGGAAGAAUCAUAGGCGUUUAUGGAAGUAUCCUAGGGAAACUGCCUAGAAGAAUCCCGGCAAAAAUUCCAGGAGAAAACUGUAGAGGUAUUUCUGCAGGUUUCACAGUAAAAUUUUCUGGAGGAGAUCUAGGAAGCAUUCCUGAAACAUUAGAAGGAGCAGGAAUCGCUUAUGGAAUCCUAGGAGGAGUUCCUGGAGAAGUCCAAUAAGAAAUAUUUGGAGAAAUCCCCAAUUUUUUUAGGAUUUCUGGGAGUGCACACCGAAGGUACUUCUGCAAGACUCCUAGGAGAUCCCAGCAAGUUUUUGAAGGAAUCUCUGGAGAAAUUCUUAGAAGAAUCCCUAGAAGAACUCUGGGAGGUAUUACAGUAAGAAUGACAGGAGGAGUCCUAGGCGGAAUUGCUGGAGGAACAACAGAAGGAAUAGCUUGAAAAAUCCAGCUGAAAUUCCUGGAUGAAGGCCAAGAGAAGUUCCUGUAGGAAUCCCAUGGAAAAUUUAUGAGAGAAUCCGUGGAAAAAAACAUCUUGGACAAAAAUUCCUGGAGGAAUUACCGGAAAGUUUCUGAAGAAAUCAUUGGAAAAAUCUCAGAAGGUAUUCUUAGAAGGAUUCAGGGAUGUAUUACUAUAGAAACCUCAGCUGAAAUCCUAGAAGGAAUUGCUGGAGAAAACUACAGGAAUUUCUAGAGAAACCCCAUCAGGAAUGCCGGGGGGAAUCCAAAGACAAAAUCCUUGGAAUGAUUGUACGACAUUUCCCCGAAAACCAGUUCCCCGAAUGAAGUUUCCCCGAAAGUUAUUUCCCCGAAAAACAAUUCUCCGAACGAACCGUUUCCCCGAAAUAUUUAUAAUACCAUUUUUAGUACUGGUUUCUAAUCAUUUUCUUGAAUAAUUCCAUUGUCUGAACUAGUCAUUGAAAAGAAGUAGCGGAAAGUUAGCCUGGGUACAAAGUGUGCCGAUGUGUAGUCUUUAGAAAGAUAUCAAGAUCAUGGAAACUUUCACAUCUAAUUGAUAUUGUGAUGCUUCAAUGUGGUUUGCUUUUUUUUAAUAUGGGUCGUUCUUUUCUGCUGUACUGAUUGAAAAUGACAUGGCACUCAAUUAAGAACACGCUCAUCAUAAUUUUCCCUUCUUUCAUUCAUAGGCUGUUCUUUCUAUUUAUUUUUGAAUUUUCAAUCGAUGAAAACGCCCUUUAAACGCAUAAUACCUUUAAUACGAGUCAUCGUGAUUGUAGUAAUAAUCUGCUAAAGUUCAUUGUCGAUGACUUCAACUUUAAGUCUUAAAGUAUUCUUGAUAGCGAAGGAAGUCUAUGAGCAUAAUUUGAAUGUGUAUUAACAGGCUUUAAAACAAAAGUCAAUGUAAUUCAAUUUGUUUGACAAACAAAUUAGAAGCUAAGCACUCUUCAGUUUUUUUUUUUGUGAAUCAAUGGAUCAAUCAUGACCGAAGUAGCAUUUGGAAUUGACAUUUCUACAGAACAUCGGCAAUAUUUUGAAAGAACAGUUUAUGAUGAAAGUAGGGAGAAUCUUUAAUGAAGAUUUCUACUAUAACGAUUUUAGAUACCUACUAGAACAGUCGGUCACAAAAUAAUAAUAAAUAUAGCAGCAGUCAAAUUACUGAUGAUUGAUUGAGCAGUUCAACUUGAAAGAACAGCUUAUGUUUGAAAGAAGGAAAAUUUUAUUAAAUGAAAGGUUAUCAAUCUAGCCAAAAAGACGCUGCUGAAUCUUUAGACAGAAGUAUGUCAGGCCGAAGAACGUUAGGCUGCAAUCAUUAGUUUUUUAAUGAAACUCAACGUACAUAUGUACAGAUGGAAAUAUUAUUAGUAAAAUUGCGAAAACAUCCACAGCUCAGGUGAGAUUUGAACUCACGACCCUUGUACGCUAGACAAGUGCUUUUCCAACUAAGCUACCGAGCCAAUUAAUGACACGGCAUUUUGGUUGGUACAAGGUAAUUCCAAUCUCAUCGAUCAUGCUUCAUCUUCAUGCCUUAAGUCAUAUUCGAGCUUCUACCUCUUCUGUAGUAAUCUGUCGUAUAUGAAAGAGUGCGAACGACACGUUGGUCGCCUACCAGGUUUCAAUUGUUCUUCCUCACCACAGUCGGUGAUGAAGAGACGCCUGAAAGUUAGGCAAACAGUUUCAACAGUAAAUAAAUCGCAUCGCUCUUCAUGCAUGUGUACAUAAGAGAUGGAUAUAUUUGCGGUGAAAUUUAAGGGAAAGAUGAAGCAUGAUCGAUGAGAUUGGAAUUACCUUGCACCAACCAAAAUGCCGUGUCAAUUAUUGGCUCGGUAGCUUAGUUGGAAAAGCACUUGUCUAGCGUAUAAGGGUCGUGAGUUCAAAUCUCACCUGAGCUGUGGAUGUUUUCGCAAUUUUACUAAUAUUAUUUCCAUCUGUACAUAUGUACGUUGAGUUUCAUUAAAAAUCAUAAAUUGACCACACGGAUUGGUAUACCGAAGACUUUGCCCUUAAGUCGUGCAAUCAUUAGGCCGAAAGUAUCAUUACGCCGGACGAGCAUCAUUACGAUUGAGUUGAAAGCCAAGAUCAUAUAUAACCCAAUACUCAAAAGAAUAGCCGACUUCUCAAAGAAGGGUAAUCUGUCAUGGGACAGUCAGUGGUUCGAUAAAUUACUACCGUCAAUAAGUUAUGCAAUAUCACAUCUAAAAACAACUGCGUGUUAUAAAAAGAAGCGAAAUUUUCAGAUGGAAUGUUGGCAGAGUGAUCACUCCCCAAGUAAUAUUGUUUUGUCAAAUACACUAGAAGAGGUUCUUAGAACCAUAAUAAAAUCAAAAUAAUAGAUAGAAAGAUUUAUGGUGGUUUUCAAAACGUCUACAAGACUAAUUGCCUAUGAACAUGUUGCUUGGGUUGAUCAUCAGUUCUUCAGUAACAUUAUUACAUCAACACCAAGAAAUCAUCUAUGUGAGAAAAGGGAAGAGCUUAAAAGAAUAUUGUAAAAUCAUGGAAGUAUAUCCCAGUAUUCAUAUAAUUCCCUAGAUUCAAGGACUCAAACAUCUUCUAGGCCUUCGAAAACAAAUUUUAACAUCGUUUAUGAAGAAAACGGCCUACUGACCCAUUCUACCCUAUGAACUUCAGCUUCGCAACCUAUUCGGCUUAACGUACUUCGGUCUGACGUACCUUGGCUAAGCGUACUUCGUCUUAAAGACCGGAUGCCCCUAGUUGUGCAUUGGGUCAAUGUUAAAUGGAAUAUGCAAUAAUCUUUUCGGGAAAACGGUACAUUCGGGGAAACGGUACUUUCGGGGAAACAUUUUUCGGGGAAAUGGUACAUUCGGGGAAAAAACUUUCGGGGAAACUUCAUUCGGGGAACUGGUUUUCGGGGAAAUGUCGUACAAUCCCUUGGAAUACCUAGAGAAGUCCCUGCAAGAACCGGAAGAGGUAUUCUGGAAGAAUCUAUAGAGAAGGCUCUAAAGGAAUCUCAGAAAGAAUUCCAGCCAUAAUGUUAGGAUUAAUUUGUAUAGGAUUUAAUUUUUUAAUUAUUACUAGUGAUGAAUUUCUGGACGUAUCAUAUUAUGAAUAUCUGGAGGAAUUUCUGGAAGAACCACAGGAGGAGUUGUUUGAGGUAUUAUAGGAGAAAGGCUUGAAAGAGUUUCUGCAGGAAUACCAUGAGGAUUUUCUGGAGGAAUCUUUGGAUAAAAUCUCUGGAGGAAUUCCUGGAUGAGUCCUUGGAGAAAUCUCUGGUGGAGCAACCAAAGGAAUCUCUGCAAAAAUUUCAGGAAGAUUACCUGGAAAGGUCUCCGCUAAAAAGCCAGGAGAAAGCUCUAGAAGAAUCCGUAGCAUGAUUUCUGAAGUACCACAGUUAGAAUUUCUGCUAUUGAAAUACGACUGCAUGGUUGAUCUCUUGAUUAACGGCUGCGCAGUCUUGGGAUUUAAAAAAACGACACAACACAACAAAUCUAGAAACGAAGAUAAUUUAGACGAAAGUUAGAUUAUUCCGAUAGGGCAUCACCGCUACCAAAAUAAAUGGUCCGAAUAAGGGCGUAUGCUAAAGAGGGAAAAUUUUCGCCAUUGCCAAAAACCGUUAAACUGAAAGUGAUUCCGUAGUGUUUUAGUGUUUUAAAGGACAUAAUUUAUUGAUAAACCGCACACCCACUUUACAGCAUUAACCAAAACCGGCACAGAAAGGGACAGUUACAGUUAGACAAAACCAUUGACAAAAAAACGAUAGUAAUUAUGUAAGUAACUAAUCAAAUUUAUGUUAAAACAAAACUGUUCAAAAAUCCCAAUACCAAUUACAGUUUCCCCCUGAAGAAGACACUAUCCCCGUGUUGAAACGUCGGGUGAAUAAAACAACUGUUUUUUUUUUAAAUCCCAAGACUGCGUUGCCGUUAAUCAAGAGGGUUAGAAUUUCUGGAAGAAGAAUAGCUGGAAGAACCGCAUGAAUUGUUGGAAUAUAUGGAGGAAUUCCUAGAAUUCCGGAAGCUAUCAUAGAAGUAAUUUCUAGAGGAACCUUAAGAGAAGUUCCUUCAACAAAUUCCUGGAGGAAUUCCUACAGUUUACCUUGAUAGAAUCGGCAGAAGUAUACUGGAGGAAUCCAUGAUGGAAUCGCAGGAGGAAUCUUAGGAAGAUUUCCCGAAAGUAUUGCAGCGAGUUAGUAUGCCAGGAGAAAUCCCUACAAGUAUUUCUGAAGGAGUCAUAAUGGGAAUUGCUUGAAGAAUUCCAGCUUAAACUCAUGGAAGAAGGUCAAUAGAAGUUCUUGGGGAAAUCCACGGUGGAAUUUCUGGAAGAGCCUCUGUAGAAAGUCCUGGGUAUAUCCUUGAAGAAAUGUAUGAAGGGAAUUUAUAAAAAAAAUCUCAGGGAGAUCUUCUGGAAGAAUUUCCAGGAGAACUUUCCUAGUAGGAUUCCAGAAGGUAGCACAAUAAGAAUUUUUAUAGAAGAGAAAUUGCUGGAAGAAUCGCAGCAGGAGGUGCUUGAGAAAUCCUAGCCACAAUUCUCGGAUGAAGGCCAAUAUAAGCGCCUAGAGGAAUUCCAAGAGAAAUUUCUGGAAGAAUCUCUGAAUGAAAUCUCAGAAGGAAUUCCUGGAAGAAUUACCGGAGGAACUUCUGAAAGGAUCCCAGGAAGAUUGCUUGAAUAAUUCCACCAGAAAAACCCUAAUAGAAAUUUUUAGAGGAUUCCUUAGGAAAAUUCUGAGAAGUAUCAUAGUAAGAAUUUCCAAAGAAAUCCUAGCAGAAUUUGCUGGAUUAAUCUCUGCAGAAAUUUCUAGCAUGUACAACCCCAUCAGGACUGCCUGGAGUAUCCUAAGGGAAGUUUAUUGAAGAAAUAUCGGGAGGAAUCCAUAAAGGAAGCCUAGAGAAAUCACUGUACGAAUAGAUAGAAGUAUUUCUGGAGGAAUCUAUGGAGAAGUCUGUUGAUUGUUCUUACCAAUAUCCAAAACGCCAAAACGUACAACUGUUAUAUAAGUAAUUCCGGGUGUGCUUUAGUUUUGUUCAAAUAUGCCUUUAAUAAUUAUUGGCAUUAUUGUGAGAAGUUUCAAAUUUUAGGUGACUGUCAAGGGAAAAUUCUAGGGGGUGCCAAAUUUGUUCUAGGGGGUGCCAAGCACCCCUGGAACCCCCCUAGCUACGCCAAUGCUGCCUAGACGGACCCGGUCAUGUUCGGUUCCACCGUUCCACCUACCAGCAUGUAUGUUGUUUUUGACGCAUUCACCACCAGUCCAACCUUCACUGUUUCAGGUACACUCGGUACACCCCACCACCAUUGCAUAUGUUCUUACAAUAAUGUCCAUGUCGUACGUAAAGCAGACAAAUUAACCGGAUUUAGUGAGAAUCGCACCUCGGCCGUUGAAGCUGGCUCGUCGCAUUACACCUUCCAGAGCGAUGUUGAAAAACAGUCCGUCACCUUCUGGCAGUCCCCGGCGAGAUUCGAAUGAACUGAAUAGUUCACCCGAAAUCCUUACACAGUUUUGCACACCGACCGUCCAUCAUUGUUUAAAUCAGUCUGGUCAGUUUCCCAGUAAAGCUGUUUUCGUUCAUGAGUUUUCAUAGCUCAGAGCGGUCGAAGCUGUCGUAUGUCGUACGUAACACCUUCGUGCGGAUAACGUACAACGAAGGUUCGGUGACUUCAGGUGUGAUUUUAGGCCUAAGCCUGAAAAUCGGAGUGGCAUCUGGUGGCGAUUGUUCGUAAACAGGAUGGUAGUUGCCCGUAAUAGCAGGUUAGGAGAUCCCCUAUCGGCAUCUAAACUCAGGACCAGAACGGCUUUGAAGAACGCUGGCAGCAAAAAGCACGACUGAGUUAGAGGAAUCAGGGACUCCCAAAAUACUUUCUUCGUUGCGUCCUGGGUGUCCUUCUCGUUCUGGUUCGAAUUGGUCCAUUUCAAUCAUGCGAUAUUAACAGUUGUUACGGGCAUUGGCGAUUCCAACGUAGCUGGCGUACCAAUGAUGAUCUUGACGAGAAGGCAGCGGUCGCAUUCGUCCGUUGAUUAUGCUGAAAUUCAAUAAUCUUUCCUUGAUCCUCAACAUGCCAAUUCUUCCGUCAAUUGGCCACCAAUCGUUUACACACCUCUGCAUCUCGAAUAAAGCUGUUCCCAGCUCGCAUGUGUUGUAGCAGCUCUCUUAGAUGGUAUGGUUACCACUAAACGUUUGAACCAUGGAUCCUGUCCAACACACCCCCAGAAGCGCAGCACUACGAUGCUGAACCCACGGACAUUCAGUAGAUCGGCGAGUAUGCGGGUGCUCCUAAUGAAGUUGAGAGAUCGGUUGUUCCACGUACCGAGUUCCAAUAGCUUUGCUAUUUGGUCUCGGUUCGCAUUUUUCUGUUACUGAUUUUCCGUUGCAAUGUUUUUUACGGAUGGCUCGCAGGGCCGGACAACAGUUUCCUACUUUCCGGAGGACCACAGUGCACAGUUGAGCUAAAAGUCCUUUCCGGACACUCGGACGUCGAUCGGCCACUCCUAGUAUGGGGAUCAGACGCUGUUGUGUUCUUUUAGGGACUUGAAUGUUCAUCAGUUUUAAAUAUGUUUUCUUAGGAUCAUUUCCAAUCAUCACUUCAGACCAUUUCUUCCAUGCUAGCAACGGCCUAUGCGAAACUCAUUAAGAAUUUAAGAGACUUGAAUGUUCAUAAAACGCACACAAACUGCAAAACCACAUUGUCGCCGCAGAAAAGUUCUGUCGAACAGCUCAAAAUCUUGUGCAAACAAGUAAAAGGUUCUUGACCACAGUUAAGCAGUAAACUAGUCUACAUUAUUGGCAUUCGGAAUAGAAAAUCACUCCACUCACAACCCACACAUACCAGUGUAGCACAUACAUUUAGGCAACCAUAUUGUAAUUGUAAACGAUGGAUCAUCAGCAAAUCCCUCGACCCCGAAUUACCCGAACUUCGUUGGGUACACGAAUUACAACCAAUCUAACUAACGAAAAUGAAAACUAUUGCUCUUAUACCUUAAUCUUUCACUCUCGGCACGAUUUUUUCGCAACAACUCACUCAUUCCAGUACACCGUCACAUUUAGCUAUUUCCUUAUUAUAGAGAAUACCGUUUUCACACUCAUCGCCCAGUCAUACCUUUUCUUAGACUUUUAACGCAUCUAAACAAAUCCGUUAACGAAAUCGAUCACUAACAUUUCAGUAGGAAAAAAACGCAAAUCAAUUGCAUGAGCUAGGAACGAGCAAACCAAUAACCACAUGUUCUGUCGACAAAAUGAGGAAAAACAGUAGAAGAAAAAUACGCGGUUAAAGAUGAGAGUCGUCUAACACUAAGAACAAAAUUGAAAUAAAAGGUUAACUUCUAAUGGAAACAAACAUAGAACUAUUCAAAUAUUUUAUUUUUUGAAAGCAAACAAAAGAGAGAGAAAUAUAAAAAUGAAAAAGGGAAGAAAAUACGUUUAUACACAUAGGUAUAAUAAAACAAAGAAGAAAAACUGUAAAAAGGAAUAAUAGAUAUCGACUUAGGCGAAACAUACAUAACAUAAUUCAAAACAGUAACAACAACAAAACCAACAACAACAACAUACACAUGGAAAAAGAGCAAAAAGAAAUAACACAAGAAGAUAUAAAAAAAACGAACGUAUUACAUUUAAGGUAGACGAAGAUUUCUUUUAAGAGCAUUUUUGUACAAUUUUACUCGAGUACGCGAGACCGAUUUUGAGAAACUUAAAACCAUUUAAUACCGGGCACUGGCAGCAUUCGAAACAUAGAAAAUGAAAUGAAGAUCAACCUAGAGUAAACCGGGGUAGCUAAUUUUCGAUGCUGGGCCGAGAUUACAAGAAGAGGCGGAAAAGCUGGCCCGUUAGUUUUUAUUACUCGUUAUUAACGUGCUAUCGUCGCGUCGCACCGCGUUCGAACAGUGCUCGUCUUGCUGUGGCUCGUGCCUGUGCCCUCAUUCCAUAAAGUUGCUGAUCCUAAGGGAGGAUACCUCUAUGGGCAGGGCCAAUCCGAAGACAGUGAUGAUGAUUGAUGGCUCCCAACUAGGGAAAAAUCUAAAGACCCACUCGUCUACUUUAGGUAUUAGACACACAUACGUGAAUCCACAGACACACAUCCACACACUUACGGCCAAAUCCGUGAAACUGUGGCUAGAAACUGUUCAAGUUCACAGCUGGAGGACGCAUUUCCGGUCGUGGUGCGGUGGGAUGGUACGGGCGUGCAGCGAAACGAAGAAAAUGAAAUCACAAGAACGAAAACUUAUUUCCCAACCAGCAGAAAUUGGGUGACAGAUGUGUGAAGCAACAGCAACGUAAGAGAGAGAAAAAAAAAACGUGUGCGAGAGGGAAAAUGAUAAGUGAUUUUAUUGUAAAUGAGAAAAAUGGAGGAAAAAAUGAGUCGGAGAAAAACACAGGAGGAAAAUAAAUGAAUCUGUAAAGUAAAA